AUGGUGCAGGUGGUAUCAGAGUAAGACCAGUGCAAGUUGUGUUUAAGAGGCGUUCAAUGAACUGGUUUGGAUUUGGAUUUAAUGGUUUUGGACAGAUAAACCCGCAGCUAGAAGAUGGGACCAUUACGGACAAAGUGGUAAUUCCUGUAGUGCUGGACACAUUGUGCCAUUGUAAAAAAGCAGAUCCCAGUGUAAACAUUCAGACAGAAACACAGGGAGUAAAAGUUGGAGCUAGUUGGAGCAGAAGAGUUGUAUUCCACACAAGUGGUGAAGGACGUGUGUGCCUGUCAGGCUUUGUGAACAAUUCUGUAAAUUCUGAAGAAUACCACGUCCUUGUUCCGGAGAGUAAAGGAUGUGAGGACGUGCUUAUCAGUGAGAGGUAUUUAACCCUCAAAUUUGCCCACAAAGUUGAGUGCUGGAGUCUGAAGAAAAAUGAAAGAACACUUGCUUGGACUGGAACUCUGGAUGCCACUGAAAACUUAGGAGAAAUUGUACGAUUGCCUAUGGUGGCAGGGGGCUACAUAGCAUUCAAGCCUCCAUUUUUUCGGCCACUUUCUCCACAUCUGAAGGCAGUGAACCUGGCACUGGGUACAGAGCAUGCUGUACUGCUAACAGCCACUGGAACUGUCUACACCUGGGGAUCUGGCAGUCAUGGUCAGCUGGGUCAUGGGAACCUGGUUUCAGAGGAUGAGCCACAAGCUGUAGAGGCACUGUGGGGUGUUCCAGUAAAAUCUGUCACUGCAGGAGGCUGGCACUCUGCAUCCAUCAGUGCUGGUGGAGAUCUGUAUGUAUGGGGAUGGAAUGAGAGUGGCCAGAUUGGCCUACCAUCUAAAGGUUUCAGGGAGGACUUUCAAAAAAGACAUAGCACUGGGAAAGACGAAAUGACAACCAACAAAGCAGAAGAUAUAAAUGAUGUGUUCAUUUCAAUUCAAGCUUUGCCUGCCCUACUUGACGUUUCAGAAAGCGCUGAAAUCAUCAAGGUCAGCUGUGGAUCCCGCCAUACAACUGCCAUCACAAGCACGGGAGACCUGUAUACAUGGGGAUGGGGUCAGUAUGGUCAGCUGGGUCAUGGUUCAGAAUGCAGUUCAGACGAACCGAAAGUUGUGGAGUACUUCAUAAGCAGUGGAUUAAGGGUGGAAGAUGUUGUUUGUGGUCUGUGGAACACAUUUGUGUCAGCUGUUCCAAGAAACUAUGUCUCAUCUCCUUAACAUACAGGAUCUCUUGCAUAAGGAUUCCCAAGUUAUGUUAUGAACAGCAAUAACGACAACAACAAUAAUUCAGUAAAAAGAUACAUUUAUCAAUUAUAU